GAAAUGAACAGAACCAGGAAAACAUUAUAAACUGUAACACCAAUAGUGUGGAAUGAUCAAAUUUGAUAGACUUAGCUGCUCUCAGUGAAACAAUGAUUCAGACAGCAUUUUAGAUAGGUAGCCACAAACACAGAAAAGAUGUAGGAUGACAGGGGAUGGAAGAAAUAAGUCAGGGGGUUUUGAGGAUAAGCCUGAAAUAUGUUUCUUUGCAGGCAGUAGGGAAGGAGUCAGCAGACAGAGACUGAGAAUAAGUCAGAGUGUGGGGACAGAUUCCAGUUCCAUUGCCAUGUGGACCAUUUCAACUAUUUCAGGUCCUGAGCUCUGUGGCUCUCAGGCUCAUGAUAAAGUAGAGAACAAGGAAUACAAGAUGAAAGCAUGUGAUAGAUCUAUUGUGAAUUGACUGUAUGUUCAUCAAAUAAAAGAACAAAUGGAGUACUUUCAAAAUCAGAAGAAGCAAAGCAAUAAAGAAGUACUGAAUUUUCUGGUGAUAAACUAAGAAGAAGAAGCAAAUAUGAACACAUGUGAUACUUGAAGAAGAGAAAAUUAUUCUUGUGCAAGGAGCUUUUGAUAUCUUUUAAACUUCUCUGAAAAAAAUGAUGCAAAGAAGAGUCCAACAAUUAGAUUUAUUUUCUUGUCAAAUAGACAAAGGUGAAAAUGAAUUAGGGCUUUGUACUCGUAUCUUCUUUGAUCCAGCAGAUGAGGAUGAAAAGGAUCCAGGUGUUUUUAUUACUGAAAUUGCUGAAGGGGGUGCAGCCCACAAACUUGGAUGUAUCCAUUUAUUUGACCAGAUUAUUAAAAUAGGUGAAACCAAUCUAAUUGGAUUAGAUGAAGAAGAAAUCUUCUCUACUUUUAAAAAAAUGGAAAAUUGUGUUUUCCGGAUUGAAAUUGGACGAGAGUCACCUGAAGUCAAGACAGAACUCAUCAUACUCCUUGAAUUGUCAGAGGAAAGGAAGAAAUUUUUUACAGAUUCAGUCAUAGUUCAGGAAAAAGUUGGAGAUAUCAAAAUUGUGAAAGGAAAAGCAAGAAAUUAUAAAACUCCGAAAAUAUCAUGGCUCUGGAUCACGAGAGAACUGGAAUUAAAAAAUGAAGAGAUGGAAUUGAAAAGAAUAAUAGAAGAAGAAGGUCAGAAAUAUAAAAAAGACCUCAAGGAAAUUGAUGAAAUGACUAACAACUUGAUAGAGAAACUUAAAAAAUACGUGAACAUAUCUGAAGUGAAUAUCGGAAAUCAGCCUGAGGAGACAGUAAAAGAAGAUAUAACAACAGGGCAAUUAUUGGCCGCAGAGGACAUCAGUUUAGAUAUCACAAUUAAAAAAGAACAAGUAGCAGAAUUAGUAGAAGAGGAGAUCAGCAGUGGCAAACCUGCAGUGGGAAAAGCUCCAAUGCAGUUUUCCUGGUUUUGCAAUGUCCAAGGAUACAAUUGGAGGAACUUCUUUUGUUUUAAAAAACAUGAUAAACAAGUAAAGAAUGUGCGCAAGCAGGAAGAAACUGACCUAAAGCUGCUGGUGUCUGACUGGACAGAAACUCAAGUGGGCCAUUGGUUAAAGAGUAUUGGAAUGAAAAAAUAUAUCCUGAAAUUUGAUUAUAAAAGAAUAAGAGGUCAAGAACUUCUUGAAUUAGACAAUGAUGCAUUAAAAUGCUUUGGAAUCACUAAGAAGAGAGAUCGUGACUUCCAGUCAAGAUGGCGGUGUAGAAGCAGCGAAAGUUCAGACCUCGGAAACCCUUCCCUACCGAUCCAAACAGAGUGCUCCUAAGCCACCGAAAUUCAAGCUGAAC